AUGCAAGCAACGAAAGGUCAAGACUUGGAGUUACUGCACCAUUAUACUACCUCAACCGCCUACACAUUCUCGCUCCACCCACUCCUACAGACAUUCUGGCGAGUCGAGGUCCCUCGAAUUGGGUUCACCGCACCAUACACUCUCCGGGCAAUCCUAGCCAUAUCAGCCCUGCACCUGGCUUGUUUGCGACCAGAGAAACUCCAGUUCUACAUCACACUGGCGAAAACUCACCAUGAAGCAGCACUGAAGCUCGCUACUCCCGAGAUGGCAAACAUCGGCCCGCAUAACUCGGCUCCGCUAUUCCUCCUAUCCGCCUUGUCAUCCUUCAUCAGCUGUGCGAAGCCGCUCAAACUGGGUAACUUCUUUCUUUUGGAAGACAACAACAUCGCCGACUGGCUCCUGCUUAUCCGGGGCACCGGAACUAUACUGGACUUUGCCGACGAGUCGCUCAAAUCGGGGCCAUUGGCGUCGAUGUUCAGCGUCCGGGAUCAGCAUCGGAAUUUCAGAACUAGUCGGCGGCAUCAUGUUCUAGAAGAAUUGCACCAGCUUAUCCUGACUGAGGUCCAUGAUCAACACUUGAUCCGUAUGUACAUUGGCACGCUCGAUGAAAUGAACAGAUCGCUCGUGAUGUGCUUAGAGCAUAACCUGCGCCUCGAGACAGCGGAUGUCUUUGUCUGGCUAAUCCGUGUGCCAUAUGACUUUUUAGUAUUACUAAGGAACUACGAGCCCUUGGCCUUGGUAAUCCUGGGUUAUUUCUGUGUACUUCUGCAUCAAUUAGAGUGGAUGUGGUGUAUGAAAGGCUGGAGUACGCAUCUUCUUUCGCAAAUCUAUGAUCAGCUCAGUCCGACAUAUCGGGUUUGGAUUCGAUGGCCGAUGGAACAAAUUGGCUUUCUUCCGCCUACGUGAUAUCUCGUAUUCGCUCAGGAAAGAGACCUCCUACUCCUGAUGGGCUAGUAAGGGACAGUCGUCUAGAGAUCAGUGUCGCUGUCCUUGCUUU